AUGGUGCACGGGCAUGCACACCACAACAUCCACCGCCCCGCCCAGGCCCUCGCCGAGCGGGCUCUGGAGGGGGCGUUGGAGGAACGGGGAUUCGGCGAUGAUGUGGUCUACGUUUACAAGACCUUGUCCCAGGACUUUGAAGGCGCGAAUGGCAAUCAGGGCGUUGGUGCUGCCGUGGCUGGUACUAAGACCACCGACAAUGACAAGACCACUGCUACGGAGAAAACAGCAGCCAAGGAAACCAAGCAUACCGAAGAUAGCACCACCAAGGAAACCGAGAAGGAUACCUCGACCAAGACCACUGCGAAGGAAACCGAAAAGACCAAGGAUGCCACAAAGGCAGAGGCGACCAAGACCACCGAGGACAAAUCCGCUACUCAAACCAAUGCCGAGACGCACAAGACAUCCUCCUUCAUAACUUCUGCCAGCACUACCGCCGAUCCUAGCACAGAUAUCAAUGCUUUGGCCGCCACGUCAACUGCAUCGGCUACAAACUCCGCUGCGAGUGCCUCGUCUACUGCCAGCGCUGCAUCCGAGGGAAUGUCCUCGGGUGCGAAGGCAGGUGUCGCCAUUGGUGUUAUCCUGGGUGUUGGUAUUUUAGCCGCCUUGAUCUUCUUCUUCAUCCGCAAGAAGAAGAAGAGCAAGGAACUCGCUGAGCCUAUGGAUGAAAAGGCAUUCAGUCACCCCCCUCCUCCGCCUCCUGUCAAGCCGUCGACUCCUUCGACGCCUCCGGUUCUUAACGUUCGGCCAAUCACUCAAUUCGCCCCGGAUCUGAGCAACGGCGCCUCUUUCAACCCUGCCACUGCUACCGCAGCUGGUGCUGCAGUUGGUGCAGCUGCCGGUGCUGGAGCGGCUACUUCGCGUAACCUUACUGGCAACUCGCCUCCUCUCACUCCGCCCAAGUCUGCUAGUAGCAGCCAGAACCCCUUCAAUGACCCCGUCAACCCUUUCAGUCCCGUUGAUCAGACCUCUACUGCUAGUCCCACGGCUGCUGUUGGUGCUGGUGCUGCUGGUGCCGCGGCUGUUGGUGCCGUUGGCGCUGCAGCCAUUGCUUCUCAAGGAUCAUCUAAUGAGCAAUCUCGUCGCCCCCUUUCAUUUGAGUCUGACGCUCAUUCUGUUCCUGGUACCUCCCCAAGCCCCGUCAGUGCCGACGGAGAGUCGGUCUCAUCUGUUGCUAUGGCUGCUGGUGGAGCUGCAGCAAUUGGCGCUGCCGGUGCUGCCGGUGUUGCUGGUGCCGGUCCUGGCGCUGAUAACGUUCACCGAGUUCAAAUGGACUUCAAUCCCUCAGCGGAGGAUGAGAUCGGUCUCCGUAUCGGUACGCUGGUGCGAAUGCUUCAUGAAUACGACGAUGGAUGGGCUCUUUGUGUUCGCCUCGACCGUUCUCAGCAAGGAGUGGCGCCGCGAUCCUGCCUUUCUGCGCGCCCUGUGAAGCCUCGCCCGCGUCCGCCCCCUGGUGCGGGCCCUGGCCCUGGCCCUCGCGGCCCGCCGAUGGGUCCUGGCGGCCGCAUGCCUCCCGGUCGAUUCUACCCUGGAGAUGCACGCCCUAGAUCCCCUGGUGGUCCGGGAUACGCUGGUCCACCACCCCAGCAGCGCCCUUACCCCGGAGGACCCCCUGCGGGAUUCCCGGUUCCUCGUUCAAUGUCCCCUGGUCCUCGUUCAAUGUCCCCUGGUCCUCGCUCUAUGUCCCCUGGUCCACGAGCCAUGUCUCCGGGUCCACGAUCAAUGUCUCCAGGACCAGGACGACCUGGUCCACGUUCCAUGUCGCCUGGUCAUUCGGCCAUGCCAGUACCUCGUUCCAUGAGCCCUGGUCCCUACGGUCCUCCUGGCAUGCAGCGUCCCGCCAUGCCUGCUACCCAGCGCCAGCGCAGCAACAGUGCUGGUAAUAUUUCUCCACCCAACGUUGGCGCUGCUUUCCCUCCCAAGCCGAGUCCUUUAGCUGCAGGGCCUCCUGCCCCGGCGCCUACCAGUCAGCUCCCUGCCAUUCCAGCCUCCGCGCCUCCCGCGAGCUCCUCCCCUCCCAUCUCCCCUCAGGGAUCCAUCAACCGGAAACCUGUCGGUAGCCAGGAGGCCUAG